CUUGAAAACAGUUUCAAUUUGCAACCCAUAGCUACAAACUAGAAAUGGCAACAACAACAGAAGAAGAACAAGAAGAGUACAUGCAACAACUCAGAUCCAAAGCAACAGAACUUUUCAUCAGAGAAGAAUGGAACGAUUCAAUUCAAGCAUAUUCCCAAUUCAUCACUCUCUGCACCCACAAUCUCUCUCUUCCUCACUCUGACCCACAAAAACUUCACAAAUCUCUCUGCAUAGCCCUCUGCAACCGCGCCGAAGCUAAAUCCAGAUUACGUGAUUUCAACUCCGCAUUGCAAGAUUGUGAUCAUGCUUUGCAACUUGAUGCUACCCAUUUCAAAACCCUAGUUUGCAAAGGUAAGAUUUUGCUUUUUCUUAAUAGAUACUCAAUGGCUCUUCAUUGCUUUAAAACAGCUCUUCUUGAUCCUCAAGCUAGUGGGAACUCUGAAUUUCUUGUUGGGUAUUUUGAAAAAUGUAAAAAGUUUGAAUUUUUAUCAAGGACUGGGAAUUUGGAUCUUUCUGAUUGGGUUUUGAAUGGGUUUCCUGGUAAGGCUCCUGAACUUGCUGAGUAUAUUGGUUCUGUUGAGAUUAGAAAAUCGGAAAUUAGUGGGCGUGGGGUUUUCGCAACAAAGAAUAUUGAUGCAGGGUCUUUGAUUUUGGUUACUAAGGCAAUUGCAAUUGAGAGGAGUAUAUUGGCAGGUAAAGAUUUGAGUGAGGAUACACAAUUAGUUAUGUGGAAGAAUUUUAUUGAUAAAGUUGUUGAUUUUGUUAGAAAAUGUCAUAAGACUAGGGAUUUGAUUGGUAAAUUGUCAAUUGGGGAAAAUGAGGAUGAACUUGAGGUGCCUGAUGUAGAACUCUUUAGGCCUGAGAGCAUUGGUGAAAUGCAUUCAAGUGAGGAUAUUGAUAUUGAUAUGGUGAAGUUAUUGGCUAUAUUGGAUGUUAAUUCUCUAACUGAGGAUGCAGUUUCGGCCAAUGUUUUGAGGAAGAACAAUGAUUGUUAUGGUGUUGGGUUAUGGUUGCUUCCUUCAUUCAUCAAUCACUCCUGUUGUCCUAAUGGGAGGCGAUUGCAUGUUGGGGAUUAUUUGAUAGUUCAUGCUUCAAGAGAUUUGAAAGCCGGUGAAGAGAUAACUUUGGCCUAUCUUGAUCCACUUACUUCCUUGAACAAGAGAAAAGAUAUGUCAGUGACAUGGGGGAUUCAUUGUAAGUGCAAGAGGUGCAAGUUUGAAGGGGAAAUCUUGUUCUCCAAGCAAGAGAUGAAGGAGAUUGAGAUUGGUAUUGAAAGAGGGAUGGAUGUUGGUGGUUUGGUGUAUAAACUUGAGGAACAAAUGAAGAGAUGGAAGGUUAGAGGGAAAGAAAAGGGAUACUUGAGGGCUUCAUUUUGGUCUUUAUACUCGGAGGCUUACGGUUCGGAGAGGUGUAUGAAAAGAUGGGGAAGGAGGAUUCCAGCAUUGGAUGCAGUGGUUGAUAGUAUCACAGAUGUAGUGGGAGGUGAUCACAGGGUGCUUAAGAUUUUGAUGGAGGAAUUGAAGAAAAAAGGCGGUGGUAGUGGUGGUGGAAAUUUGGAGAUGGAGAAAGUUUUCAAGUUAGCAAGAGAAGUGUAUGGAAAGGUAGUGAAAAAGCAAGCAAUGAAGACACUGCUUGAGCUUUGCAUUGCUGAUUGAUUAUCAGUUCUUUUUCCAUUUCCUUUUCAUUUGAUGUCUUCUGUACUUAUUUGUAAGCAUGAGUCUGUUUCAUGCCACGAUCAACUCAAGUUGUCAUGGCAAUGACAACCGACAAUGCUGUGAAAUUCAAUUUUAUCGAUAAUUUCAGUUAACAUAAAUUGUAUUCAGCUUCUAUUUAUGCUCAAUAUUCAUUUUUCAUAUGUUAUUCCAAAUUAAGUCUGCUGAAAAUUUCAUAAUUCAUAGUGCUCUGUAACUAUUAACUAAACAGGGUUUGUGUGUGAAAUUGUUUAUGUUAGUAGCCUUACCAACUGCUGCUAACCAGCAUGUAUAUUCUAAUAAUAUCAUGAUAG